AUGAGCCACUUUCCCGCCCCAAAGAACGAUUUGAUAUUAAGGGCUGCCAAGGGUGAAAAAGUCGAAAGACCACCAUGCUGGAUCAUGCGCCAAGCUGGUCGUUAUUUGCCAGAAUAUCAUGAAGUGAAAGACAACCGUGAUUUCUUCCAGACUUGCAGGGAUGCGGAAAUCGCUUCCGAGAUUACUAUCCAGCCGGUGAGACGCUACAGGGGCCUUAUUGAUGCAGCCAUUAUUUUCAGUGAUAUCUUGGUUAUUCCUCAAGCCAUGGGCAUGAAGGUUGAAAUGCUCGAAGGUAAAGGUCCACAUUUUCCAGAACCUUUGAGGACUCCAGAAGACCUCCAAACCGUUUUAGAUUAUAAGGUCGAUGUUUUGAAAGAGCUAGAUUGGGCUUUCAAGGCAAUCACCAUGACAAGAAUGAAGCUGGACGGUGAGGUUCCGUUAUUUGGUUUUUGUGGAGGGCCGUGGACUUUAUUGGUCUACAUGACUGAAGGUGGCGGAUCUCGUCUUUUCAGAUUUGCCAAACAAUGGAUUAACAUGUAUCCAGAGCUUUCUCAUAAACUAUUACAAAAGAUUACUGAUGUAGCUGUUGAGUUUUUGAGUCAACAAGUGGUGGCAGGCGCCCAGAUACUGCAAGUAUUUGAGAGUUGGGGUGGCGAACUAUCAUCUUUGGAUUUUGAUGAGUUUUCCCUACCAUACCUGAGACAAAUUGCCGAAAAGGUUCCAAAAAGACUACAAGAAUUGGGCAUCAAGGAAAAAAUCCCUAUGAUAGUCUUUGCCAAAAGUUCCUGGUACGCCCUAGACAAGCUGUGCGGUUCUGGAUACGAUGUUGUUUCAUUGGACUGGACCUGGGACCCAAGGGAAGCUGUCAAGAUUAAUAAGGACCACGGUGUUACCUUGCAAGGCAAUUUGGAUCCUGGUGUUAUGUAUGGCUCUAAAGAAACAAUAACAAGAAAAGUUGAGCAAAUGAUUGAGGGUUUCGGCGGUGGAAAAUCGCACUACAUCGUUAAUUUCGGUCAUGGAACCCAUCCUUUUAUGGAUCCAGACGUCAUUAAGUUUUUCUUGGAAGAAUGCCACAGAGUUGGUUCUCAGUAG